GGCCCCCAGGCGGAGCGACAGAUCUCGGGCCCUCAGGCGGAGCGGCGGGCGCCGGACCCCCAGGUGGAGCGACAGGUCUCGGGCCCUCAGGCGGAGCGGCGGGCGCCGGACCCCCAGGUGGAGCGACAGGUCUCGGGCCCUCAGGCGGAGCGGCGGGCGGGCGCGGACCCCCAGGCGGUGCGACAGGUCUCGGGCCCUCAGCGGAGCGACAGGUCUCGGGCCCCCAGGCGGGGCGGCGGGCGCCGGACCCCCAGGUGGAGCGGCGGGCGCUGGACCCCCAGGCGGAGCGACAGGUCUCGGGCCCCCAGGCGGAGCGGCGGCACCGAGUCACCAGGCACGACAGUGGGCUCCGAGUCAACUGGCAUGACCGCUGGCACUAGGUCAGACAUUGGAUCGUCUGGCUGGACAGCGGGCAUCGGGUCACCAGGCAUCAGGUCAUUUGGCUCGACAGCGGGCACCGCGUCAUCUGGCAAGGCAGUGGGCUACGAGUCAACUGGUAUGACCGCGGCACUGGGUCAGACAUUGGAUCGUCUGACCGGACAGCGGGCAUCGGGUCACCAGGCAUCAGGUCAUUGGCUCGACCGCGGGCACCGCGUCAUCUGCAAGGCAGUGGGCUCCGAGUCAACAGGCACGACAGUGGGCACCGGGGUCAUCAGGCAUUGGAUCGUCUGGUUCGACAGCGGGCAU